ACGCACUUAAACAAAACAUUUUAGAAUUGGAGUUAAAUAAGAAAAAGAAUUAGGCAGAAAUAUGAAUAUGGCCAAUUUGAAUGACCUGCGAUCGUAUUCGCGGCAUUGGUUAUCAGAGUUCAUUGAUCAAUACCAGGAGGAAGAGUGUUUAUGGCAGCCGAAGCAUCAGGAUUACAGCAACCACGGAGCGCGUAAUAAAAGCUAUGACAGGUUGGUUGAAAAACUGAAAGAAGUCGAGCCCCAUCCCGAUCGCGCUAUGGUAGUGAGAAAAAUCAACUCGUUGCGCUCGGCGUUCCGGCGCGAGUAUCGCAAAUCGAGUAAUAAGAGCGACUAUGAGACGCGGCUGUGGUACUACGACAAGCUGCUCUUCAUAGCCGGACACAAGCCCAAGCGACAUCCCAGCGAUAUGAAGCCGCCGAAGCGGGAACUGCAGAUAAAUUUCGACGAUGAGGACUCAAUGGAAUACGAGGAGGAAUCGCAUCACACACCGCAGUCACAGCAGCACAUUGAAUCAAUAGUGACGAACACAGCAGAUGAUGUAGAGUCGGAGCCAGCUACCAACGUAGUUGUCAGUAGUCAGGGUGCUACAUUAAGUACCAUUUCAGUGACGCCAGCAGACUGUGUGACGCUUGUCAAAAACGAAGAGCAACAACAUCAUGAAGCAGCAGCGCAGGCCCAUCAACAGUUGGUGGCACAGGCACAGGCAGCACAAACAUCUAUUGCUGCGGCAGCCGCACAGGGACAUGCAGUCAAGGUUCUGGAAAUAACAUCGCUGGACUCCAAUUCACAACGCGAGAUACAGCAGGCCGUCAACUCACUCGAACAACACCAACAGCAAAUGCACCACCUGCAACACCAGGCGAACGGUCAUGCCCAGCCGGUGCCGACUAUUCAAAUUGCUCGCGAGCACUACCAACCCAUUUUUGGGCAAUCAACGACAGCGGCUUACACAACUGCGGCGCCGGGCGCAACGCACCGCCAUGAGGACGAAUAUGACGCUAUUGGCGUAAAUGUGGCCAGCAAAUUACGCGCCAUCAAUCACACGCAGCGCAUCAUUGCUGAGAAAUUAAUCAGCGAUGUGCUUUUUAACGCCCAGCUUGAUAAUCUCACCGUGAACUCUUCGCUAACGCAAUAGGAUCCUUAGGCAAUAUACAAUUUUUAAUUCGUUCGUUCAUGUCAAAAAUUAGUUUUUAUUCCGUGUCGUAGAUUAUAAAAUACAUAUACAUAUGUACGUAAUUCUA